UCUCUUCUCUCCCCCGAGCACUAUACAUAACUCUACGUCCACUCUAGCCAUGAAGUUCGAACAGCAGCUGGCACUGAAAACCAUCCCGUCGUGGUCCCCGCACUACCUAAACUACAAAAAGCUCAAGGCCACGCUCUACAGCAACGCCGAGCUCGCCAACGGUCACACCGAUCAGUCCACCCGCGGCGAGCAGUUUUCUGGCUUCCGCACGUAUUUCCUGUCCGAAGUCGAAAAAGUCAACCGCCGCUACGAUGACCAGGAAUCAAGCGCCCGCGAUACCCUAAAGUCCCUGAAGGCACAGUGGAGCACAAACCAAUCGGACCAGGAAACCGAGGAGUGGAAGGCUGCGUUCUCCAAGUUGCUCCGGCAGCUGGAGAACCUGGCAGACUUCACCCAGUCCAAUAUUACUGCGUGCCGGAAGAUUUUGAAAAAGGCAGACAAGGUGACUAAGCUGGCCAUGACUCGCGAGCUCUGGCCGAUUGUGACGUCGUAUCGGUUCGCCAAAUCAGAGUCCGACGAGGCCCUGCUGCAUGAAGCCCGCGCAGCGUGGAGAAAGCGCACUGCAAUCCCAGUCCCCAUCGAUGAAAAGCCAAAGGAUGUCGGCGCUCGCCGCGUUAUGCCUGCAGUCCCCACUGUCUCCGAGCUGGACCUCAGCGCGUAUCCGGUUGGCCAGAUCUCCAGAGUCUGGGUGGCCCUCGCUGAAGAUGGAAUGGGGCUGCCGAUUCGCGUCCCGGUGAUUAUUGCCAAGGGUACUACCGAGGGGCCGGUAGUCGGAAUCACCGCAGCACUCCACGGCAACGAGCUCAACGGCAUCCCGCUCAUUCAUCGCUUGAUCAGCGAGCUCUCGCCCAGCUCCCUGCACGGCACGCUGGUGGCUGUGCCUGUCGCCAACUGCCCCGGCUUCCUACUGUCGCAGCGCGGGUACACAGACGGCACCGAUCUGAACAGAGUCAUGCCUGGUAAAGCCAACGGAUCGAGCCCACAGGUGUAUGCGUACAAUCUGCUCCACCGUAUUAUCCGCAAUUUCGAGUACUUGCUCGAUCUGCACACUGCGUCGCGCGGCCGCGUCAACUCGCUGUAUGUGCGCGCCAAUCUGUUAGACCCACGCACGGCGCGUAUGGCCCGUCUUCAGAACCCACAGAUCAUUGUCCACAAUACGAGUCCCGAUGGGUCGCUGCGUGGAGCGGCUAUGCAGCGUGGCAUCCCGGCGAUCACUGUCGAGAUCGGCGACCCGUCAAGAUUCCAGAAGCGGUUUGUGAAGAAUGCACUGAUCGGCGUCACCAACAUUCUGUCGCAGCUGCGCAUGAUCCCCGACGAGCAGAGCACGCCCGAGUACGACCCGGUCGUCUGCACCCGAAGCUUCUGGAUCUUUGCCAAAUCCGGCGGCAUCCUGACCGUUAUUCCAGAUGUCAACACCUGGGUGCGCGCUGGCGACUUGAUCGCGACAAUACACAGCGUCUUCGGCGACCUUGAGGAGGAGUACUAUGCGCCGUCGGAUGGCAUCAUCGUCGGCAAGCAUGUCGACCCCGUGUGCCAGAGCGGAAACCGGAUCCUCCAUCUAGGUGUUGUCGAGGACGAGCUGCCCCAGGUUGUCGACGAUGGCCACAUGUAAACGACUGUAGUCUUCAUUGCAAUGUCAUUCAGCUAUAUUAUUUCACCACAAAAACAUCCUAUUGCUG